AUUGCCGUGGAAGCGGCCGGUGUCACCUGGCGAAUAUCGUUUAGCAGCCGAGGAUACUUAUUGUUAGUAAAAUUUCGGGGGAAGUGUGCGAUUAUCAGAAACUUUUACUGAAGAAACGUCAAUUAUAAAAUAACGAUAAAAUCUAUAAAAGUUCAUGUAGCUGUAUAAGAACUUCCAGGAAAUGUAAAGUCUGGAAUAAAAAUAUAUCGGAUCUUCAGAAUUUUCUAUAAAUGAAAUCUAAAAUCAAAAACUGAUGUACAAUUUUGUAGAAUUAAUUAAAACUACAAUUAACAUGAAACCUUCGGAAAUUUUUAUAGGAUAAAUAUCACAUUUAAAAUAAAUAUGAAGUCUUCAGGAAUGCCUGCAGGAAGGAUAUAACAUUUUCUGAAGUUUACAUAGAAGAAUUUGUAUAAAGAAAUAUUUUACAGUGACUAAAAUACAUUGUUUCGAAACGUUGAGGAAUGUUAAAGUAGUUUGCAUAGAUAAAGCGACGGAAGAUCAAACACUGUCGACUGUCUCUCGGAAGAACAUCGAAUUGUGAUCCACGUCUCGUCAAAUCGUACGUCACUUCGUUGUGUUUAUAGUUAUAUUUCGUAACGCAUGAUAUUUAAAAUAAAACCGACGGGUUCAUCAUCUUCUUCGAGGGCGUCAGGCUCUUUUAAAUUCACGAAGUAUCGAUGUCGACGCGUAGGAUCACGCGUCAGAAAGGAUGGGAUCAUAAGUCAACAAGAAACAUAGUUACACGAUAAAAAUGAAUGAUUAUUCAUAACGAUGAGCAAUGUGCCUUUAAUCCACCAAUAUCGUAUAUAUUAAAUAGUUCGAUAUCAAGUGAAGAAUUAAAAUAAGUAUAGGUUUGUAAAUUAAAUAAUUGAAUUAUAGAAGAAACGAUGAAGAAAGAAUGCAGUGAAUAGAAGAAGAGGGAAGAAUUAUUAUAUAACACAAUUAAUAUAUAUAUACAAACUACGAAGUUAAGAGUUGUCGAUAUCAAGUGCAGAAAUAAAAAGUAAAAAUAGAAAAAGUAUAAAUACACGUUCGGUACCAUUACGCUGUCUAAUAAUCUAACCAUAAAAAACAAUGAAGAAAGAAUACAGUAAAUAGAGUGGAAAGAAGAAGAGAGGAAAAUUAUUAUAUAAUGCAAUUCGUACACAUAAACAAUGAAGUUAAGAGUUGUCUCUGUUACAAAGAGUAAAAGUUGUGCGCGCAGGGUUGAACCGGAAGCGGGGGGCAAAGUGUUCGGUAACCAACCUGCACGACAAUGUUUCUAAAGGCCGAAUCGCGUAUAUAGCGUGUGAUCGUCGAAGACAUUUCGUUUCGUGCGAGUGAUCUAUAGAUUUACUUUAAAUCGGACAGGGGAAGACCGGGCCGGAAUGUCAGCACGUUUCCUCAUCGGCCAAGGACACACGAACCUCCCCAGGUCGAGGAAGGUGAUAACUAUAGAUCAGCCGACCAGUGUUCCAUUCAUAAUUGAGAAAGAAUCCAACCAGCCCGAGGUCGCAACCUGAAACUGUGAUCGAUUCUCGUUUACUCAGCGACGAGCGAUCAGUAGUGAUUACCGCGUGUUUUACGUUUGAAUGUCGAUCGAACCGAUAUCCACCAACGUUUCCAACGGUCCGUUGUUUCCCUCCAUUAUCGAUUGAAUUAUUGCUGGCGAUAAAGUUUCGAAGACUGUUAUCUUCGUGCAAAAAUGCGCUGGUGUAUGGAAUUUCGUUUUAUUUAAACGGAACGUUAUCUAUUAACAUCGCGGCGGCUGUUGGCGGUACUCGUCGUUUUAAAUAAUUGCUGGAACUCGCUGCACUGGAAUUACGGCGCCGAUAACAUUAGAAUUGGUGUAAUUAACGAUCGCAGACUUCCACACGAAUUUCCUUUAGGAAGUCGUUUGGUUUCCGUGCGAAUGAUGAUGAUUCAACGACAAUUAUCGUGCCGCACCGGUGCAUCGUUUAAAACAAGUUACCAUCACGAAAAUAAUUCGAUUGUGGGAGAGCAGUUUCUAUCAAGCUUCUAGUCAUUAAUGAAGAGGGAGAUCUCAUUUCUGGAAUUGAAAAUAAUGACAGUAUCGAUCAGGAUCGUCGAGUAGUUUGCAUUUUCUCGAAUUGUCACCUAUGAUAAACGAUUGUUCUUCUUUUUACCUAUUAGUUUUUGUUGAACAAGAUGGAUGCCAGUGAACUUCGAACGGAAAAUGAGACGCAGAUGAGUCACAGCAGACGGCAAAGUUUGGCUGUUAGUAAUUCGAAUGCUAGCGAAGCCAGCCCAAGCAGAUCUCAAACGAACGUAAAAAUUGAAAAUGCACCAUCGAACGUGCCAUCAACGACCUCGACGCCACAAAGAACAAAGUCCUCUACGGAAUCAAGUUCGUCGAGCGUGAACAAGAGCAACCAAGUAGUUGGAAAUAGCAGAGAAAUGUUGUACGAAAUGGAUAGAAACGGCGUUCUACCUGGAUCGCCGAAGGCCAACAGGAAACUGUCUAGAUCCAGCGUUUAUCCCUCUGGAACGAACUUGACAGCUCGAGACGCUUUCGGCCCAAAGCUCACGGUGUCUACUUCACCAGGUGACACUCCGCCAUUGUUAGAAACAUCAAUAUUUCCGGAUGACAUACCAAGGGAUGCUUUGCUACAGAAGGAUUCACCCUCAGACUCCGAAGUAGAUCCUGAAACUCUCUAUUUUCGAGAUGGUCGAAGACGGAUCGACAUGGUUUUGGUGUACCAAGAGGACAAUAACGGGGUGCUGACCGAACUUGAAGCGCGUCAAAAAGACCAGAGACGUAUAUUCCAGCAGAAUUUGUUGAAAGAAGGGUUGCAGUUGGAGCUGGAACCCAAGGAGAACUCUUUCGACGGGAAAACGUAUUUCUUGAAGUUGCACAUUCCGUGGAAGAUCAAAGUUCAGUACGCCGAAGUGAUGAACCUGAAGCUGUCUACCAAAAGAUUCAUCACCAUUUCUGUGAAAGCUUGGCAAGGUGACGAGGACGCAAAAGAGAGGCCAAAUUUCUGGGAGAAAUGGAUAAAGAGGAUAAAAAAGAUUCACACUUGGGACACCCAAAAAUAUCCCGAGGAACCUCAUUUCUACGAGAGCAUCGAUUCAAGCGAUCGCGAGGAAAGAUUUGUAGUGAAAGAUAGAGACACAGCUUACACGCCAGCUCAAAGGUCCUUGAUCGUAAUGCAGAUAUUAUUGAGGGCGAGGUACGACGAGACCCACGAGAAAGCUGGUAUCCGUAGACUUUUGGCGGACGGUACCUUCCUCGAUUGCUUUUCUCUGCACGAGGGCCCUUACAAUAAACCGGUGCUCAAUGGAGAAAUCCUCGAUAGACAUCUAUUGUACUUAAUAUGGGCCAGACCUUCACAGUGGUACAAAAAGCAACCACUGUGGUUAAUUAGACGGUACUUCGGAGAGAAAGUGGCACUUUAUUUCGCAUGGCUGGGAUUUUACACGAAAUGCUUGUAUCCACCAGCGAUCGUCGGGCUUCUGUGCUUCAUGUAUGGCGUUGGAAGCAUGGAAGGGGCUGACAACAUACCUAGCAAAGAAAUAUGCGAUGGCAAUAUAGGAGGAAAGAUAACGUUGUGCCCCCUAUGUGAUAAGGCGUGCGACUACCAAAGAUUGGGCACGUCUUGUGUUUUUUCCAAACUUACUUAUUUAUUCGACAACCCCGCCACCGUCUUCUUCGCACUUUUCAUGUCAUUCUGGGCAACGACGUUUCUUGAACUGUGGAAACGGCGACAGGCUGUGAUAAUAUGGGAAUGGGACCUCCAAAACGUUGAAAGCGACGAGGAACCUAGGCCUGAGUUCGAGACCACGGUGAAAACGUUUCGAAUAAACCCUGUGACCAGAGAAAGGGAACCAUACUUACCAAUAUGGUCCAAAGCGUUACGUCUCUGCGCUACAGGCUCCAUAGUGUUUUUCAUGAUAUGCGUAGUUUUGGGCGCAGUACUGGGAACAAUUAUUUACCGUAUAUCGCUGGUAGCCGUGUUUUACAGCGGGGGUGGUCCAUUCCUGAAAAAACACGCCAAGAUUUUUACCUCCGUGACCGCUGCCCUUGUCAACUUGAUUAUCAUCAUGAUACUCACACGAGUGUACCAUCGACUGGCUCGGUGGAUGGUUAACAUGGAGAACCCGAGAACUCAAACCGAAUACGAGUCCAGUUUCACCUUCAAAAUAUUCCUGUUCGAGUUCGUUAACUUUUAUUCGUCUCUGAUUUACAUUGCCUUCUUCAAGGGAAGAUUCUUCGUCCAUCCAGGAGAUGCAGAGGCGAGGUCCUCCGAGUUCGCGCGGAUAAAAACAGACGUUUGCGAUCCAGCUGGUUGUUUGUCGGAGGUUUGCAUACAGCUCGCUAUCAUAAUGGUGGGCAAACAAUGCUUCAACAAUUUCGUCGAGAUAUUGUCACCGAAGCUGUGGAACUGGUGGCGUAAAAGAAGUCACGUCGCCGCCACGAAAAAUCACGACAGAACGUACACUUCCUGGGAAAAGGAUUAUCAAUUGCAAGAUCCUGGCAGGCUAGCUCUGUUCGACGAAUAUUUGGAAAUGAUACUGCAGUAUGGAUUUGUGACGCUGUUUGUCGCUGCGUUUCCAUUAGCACCGCUGUUCGCGUUGUUAAAUAAUAUAGCGGAGAUACGUUUGGACGCUUACAAAAUGGUGAAAGAGGCGAGGAGACCAUUAGCUGAGAGAGUGGAAGAUAUCGGUGCCUGGUAUGGCAUACUUAGGGGAGUAACUUACGUCGCGGUAGUGUCAAAUGCAUUCGUUAUUGCUUACACGUCAGAUUUCAUUCCACGAAGCGUGUACGCGAUCGUUUAUUCGCCAACGAAAGAUCUGGUCGGCUACAUCGACAGUUCUCUAUCGGAAUUCAACACGUCGGAUUAUCAGGAAGAUAUGAAGAGCGACAUAGACGGAGAACAUCCGGAAACGUGUCAAUACAGAGGAUACAGAAACGGGCCAGACCAUCCGACCGAUCCGUACGGACUUAGUCCUCAAUAUUGGCAUGUCUUCGCAGCGCGAUUAGCGUUCGUCGUCGUUUUCGAGCAUAUUGUGUUUGCCCUAACUGGAAUAAUGAGUUACGUGAUACCAGCAGUGCCUCAUUCUUUAUCUACUCAACUACAACGAGAGCGAUUACUUGCUCAGGAGGCAAAGUACGAGAAAGGUUUGAAAGGAAGAGAAGAUGAAGAUGACAUCCUGUCGAUGCUCAGAGAAGCCGGAAGUAUUGGUAGAACCGGAGGUGGAGGCAGGGGUAGCUGGGCGAGACGUUUCAGCAAAUUAAGCGAUGGUUUGGAUGCUCACGUCGACUUAGGUUCUAGAGUUAACAGAAACAGCGAUGGUUCAACUGUAUGGGAAGUUACAUAAUUUAUACCUAAUUAUUCCAGAUUUAACAGUCACAUUCCAUUCUUGACAAGUCCACUUAACAUUUUCGAAACAUUAAUUAUUCAUGAAAUGACUUCUGUGAUUAUGUACUUUAUACCAUUAUGGCCACUAUAGAUUACAACUUCAAAAGAAGCAAAUAUACUGUAAGGCUGUUGAAGUCAUGAUAGCAUAGUAAAGUAUAUAAUUACUAUGACUUCUUAAAUGUCUUGUUGCAUACUCUGUACUUAUACUAAUAUUAAAAUAUCUAGUACAAAUUUUAAAUAUGUACGAAUCAAUAAUUGUGAUAUUUCAGAAACAUGUGUAACAUAAUGCUUAUUUGAGUAAGCCACAGUGGAAUUAAAGUAAUUUAAAUUAGGUAAUAAAUGCCAAAUGUACUUUGAAGUUUAUUUAAGUAGUAUACAGUUUCUGUACAUGAUAACUACUUACAAAGAUGUUAACAAUUUAAAGCAUACAAUCGGUACUGUGUGAGUGAUUCAUGACACAAACAGUAACAGUAUUAACUUAGAGUAAGCUUCUCUUACAAUGUUUAAAGCAUGUAAUUUAUUUUAUAAAGAAAAGUUUUAUGUAAAUUGUUCAUAGAUAAAAAUGUUAUUGAUGUAGCUGUAAAUAGUGUUGGUUGAAGUUUGCUGUUCCUAACUGUUGGAUCUCUUAGCUCUUAAAUAUUAAUUAAUAUAUGAAGAAAUUUGAGCUUUGCAUUUCAAUCAAUAAUUGUAUGUUCAUCUAGUGUUGUAUUUUUUGUUAAGUAAUUUUCUAUUAUUAAAGGUUUUGCUAUAUAUAUGUAAAAAGAACAUGUUAUACCAAGAAAUAUUACAUCAAAUAUAUUUCAAUAUCAAUAACAUGAUCUAGACAUCAAAAAUAACUAUUUAUUUAUUAAACUCAGUAUAUUAAGCAUUCAGAUAUUAUAAUGAAUCUCGUUAAUUAUUGGAAAUGUGAUAAAUGUAUAAAAGUCAUUAAUUUAGUUUUUCAAUAUAUUAAGUAUAGAAUUGCAUUGUAUUGUCAUUUUAUGUCAUACCAACUGUGUGAAUGUUUUUAGAUUAAUAGACAUUUAAUAUCUUGUAUAAAUACACGUAUUACAUAAAAAUACCAAUAGAUACUUUGUUAAAAAAAUGAAAGUGUUACUGAUAUUUUUAUUAUUUUUCAAAUAUUAAAAAUAUACAUUCCAAUUCUUUUAGUUUUCUUUUUUCUUAAAGCAAAAAUUCUAAUACAUGGGAAAGGGUGAAAAAUUUUCUUAAAUUUACACAAUAUACUCUUUAUUGUACAUAAUUUCAAUAUUUCAUUUUCCGUCUUACGCUUGACAUUAUUACAAUAAUUACUAUAGAAUAUAUUUAUAAUAAUAUACAUGUACAUAUUUACUUCUUUGCUAUUGAUUCAAUUUAUAUGUAUAAUUCUAUAUGUAUAUUGGCCUAUGAUUCAUUCCAUACUGCACUUUCUUGCAUCUUCUGCUUCCUUUUAAAAUCUAAAAGUGUAUCACAGUUGUGUUGAGGGAUAGACAGGGAUUUUAAAGAAAAGGAGACCUUUCAGGCGACCGAAAUCGAUACAUAGCCCAUUCAGUCAGAUCUCUUCGGACCUCGUGGCCACCAAAUUUUUUUAUCCAUAAUUUGGCAAAUAGCUGCGAUGAAAUGUAUUCUACAUUCCUCAUUUGUAAAAGUGUUUUUUAUCCUACCAUAAAACAGACUUAUGUCAUCAUUAAAAAUAAACUGUUGUAUACGUUAAAAGUCAAAUUAUAAAAAAACAAUUUUGAUCAUGUGCGACUUGAAAAAUGAGGAAGAACUUCGUAUACGUUAUUUUAGUUUUCUAUAAGUUACAUGCGAGUAAUUUGUAACAGUCUGUUGUGUUAUAAGACACACACUCGUAAUAUUAUUGCUUUUGCAUUAAAGUUGCGUUGAUAAUUUUAGGAAAUCUCGCAGAAUAAAAUAUCAUUACGUUAUUA